AUGUAUCAAAUGAAGUUGAAUAAAUUCAAUCGUCAGCAGACGUCAUUCAAAGCAAAAUACUACUAUGAUCUCUAUAAUUGUCGUUACUUCGCGCCGUUUCUGCUUCUGUUUCUCUACUCGAUACUGGGCGCAUGGGUUUUUUACUUAGUGGAAUAUGAAAACGAAAAAGAGAUGAAAGUGCUCGAUCUGGAUCGACUGCGGACGAAUGCUUUUCAGCGAAUAUCAAAGUACAGAUCAGUUAUAUUUUCCUCUCAAGACUUUUCAAUAAAGGAUCUUCUGCUAUGGUACGAAAACGAACUACAGAAAGUGAAAUUGCCAGAGGCAUUGGAAUGGGAUAUGUGGGGAGCUUUAUUUUAUGUAGGAACGAUUUUUACAACUAUUGGUUACGGUAACAUCGUACCUCGAACAAUCACUGGACGGGCGCUGUCGGUGGUGUAUGCGAUUAUCGGAAUUCCACUAGUUUUGGCGAUUUUAUCGAGAUUCGGCCAGUUCCUGGAGCACAAUAUUGCUCGAGUAUGGUUGAAACAUCGAGAAAAAAUCAAGGAAGCACAUAAACAAACCAGAAAACGCAUUUCAACCAGAGUUAACAUAAUUGGUUGUAAAGAAUUAGGAAAAGCGCCGUUUAGGACCAUUCCAAUCUGGCUAGCAUUGCUAAUCUGCAUAAGUUGGAUUUGUGCUUGCGCAGGUCUCUUCUUGAUUUGGGAGAAAAGAUGGACAUUUUUCACCAGUCUUUAUUUUUUCUUCAUCUCCUUAUCCACUAUUGGUCUAGGUGAUGUCGUCCCAGAUCAUCCUCAUAUGCUGAUCUUGAUGUUCUGGUUGGUUAUCAUCGGUCUAUCCAUUGUCUCAAUGUUGCUUACCGUAAUACAAAUUAAAUUCGAAGAAUGGUUGUACAACUUCAUGAUACGAAUGCAGGUUAGUUGUUUGAAUAAGUAUAUAAACCUACUUUAUCAACGAAGAUCUGGCUCGACAGGAAGGCGAAGAUGCAACGUCGAGGCGAACAACAAGCAUGGACCAUCGACUCGGAUCACCGGCUCUGAGGAAGACGAAGACGUCGAAACGUUAGCCGAAAAUAAAAAUAUAUUUAUCAACCUCGUUAGCGUAGAAAGUUUGAGCCAUUACUCCAAGAAAGGUGCAAAAUCUGCUAAGAACAAGUCUUUUGUUCAGUCCGAAAAUCAUUCAGAAUUUGUCUUUUCGAAUUGGAUCCUCUAUCAGUUCCAAUGA